GUCUCCCACCAGGAAUACCUACAAUCCUACACACAGCCAGCCAUGGCCGCAGGAAACUACGCCCUGGACGCCAACCCGUCCAACAGCCAGAUUGACAUCGAGACGAACGGCUCUGACUGGCUCUGGGCCGUCUGUGCCACCUUCCUCUUCUUCGACUUGCUCUUUGUCCUGUGGUCCUUCACCCGCCCUCGUGGCUCCCGCGCCUUCCAUAUCCUGGCCAUCGCUAUCCUUUCCGUCGGCACGAUUGCCUACUACUCUAUGGCAUCCGACCUCGGUGCUACCCCCGUCAUUGCCGAGUUCUACGGUGACAGGCACCAGAACUACGCGGGGGAGCCAGCGACUCGUGCUAUCUGGUACGUGCGCUACAUUUUGUGGUUCAUCAAUGCCCCCCUCCUGGUGCUCGCCAUCGCGCUGGCUUCUGCGCUUCCGGUCUCCGACAUCUUCGGGGCGAUGUUCAUGAUCGACGUGACUGUCAUCUGCGGGCUCGUCGGCGCUCUGACCCCAAGCACGUACAAGUGGGGCUACUACGGGUUCGGUGUCGGCGCCUUGAUCUACACCGUCUCUGUCCUCCUUGGUCCCGGUCGCAUCUCCGCCGGCUAUGUUGGCUCAGAUAUUGCUAGCAUUCACACUCGUGGUGUUGCCUACCUGUCCUUCAUCGCCCUGAUCUACCCUAUCUGCUGGGGCCUGUCCGAAGGUGGCAACGUGAUCACAUCAGACGGAGAGAUGGUCUUCUACGGCAUCCUCGACCUCUUCACGAUGCCAUUCUUCCUCGCGCUGCACAUGUUCCAGUUGCGCGCUGUCGACCUAGGCAGGUUCGGGAUGACGGGUGUGGGCAUCGGCGGAGUAGGGCGGUCCUACGUUCGGGGUGAGAAGGAUGCCCCACUCGUCCCUGCCCAGGGCGUUCCGGAGGUGGGCGCGGUGUAACCGCUUCUGUCAUCUCAGAGUGUUGACCUGCGAGAUAUGUUUCCUUCUCUACUUCUAGUUCUCACAGCCCGGUAUCUGACCUACAACUCCUUUCACGCUCUACGACCCCUUAAUAGUAUCGUCUUUGAUGCCAUGUACUGAUGAACGUAACUUGAAUGUCAUAGCACCAAUAUCGGUCAACUCGGC